AUCGUUAUAGCUAUCUAAGGAUGUCGCUGAUUUGUGAUGUCAUUUCCAACCAUGUCGCUGAAUUCUAAAAUGAAAACGUUUUUUAUGUUAAAAUAAUUUUCGCCCUCCGUCAUAAUGAGUAACAUUUGUGGGGAGGUCAUCACUCUUCAGCUGGGACAUUACUCCAACUUUGUCGGUACUCAUUGGUGGAAUUUACAGGAUGCAUCACUGUCAUAUGACCCAGAAAUGCCACCUGGAGAGAUCCAGAGUGAUGUCUUGUUUCGUGAAGGCCAAACUCUUGAUGGGAGCAUCACCUACACUCCCCGCCUCGUUGCUAUGGAUCUCAAAGGAAGUCUGCAGACUCUCCGGCAGGAGGGAAGUCUCUAUGACACUGGCAAAGAAACCUCUGCUUUUUCCUGGGAUGGAAGCCUGAGGGUACAUAAAGAGAGCCUGCCUGCGAAAAACUCCUUUCUUGAAGACCUAGACAUGUUGGAUUGUGGAGACAUAAUGACACGGCCACAUUUUUCAUCCGGCGCUCAAUCUCAAUGUUCUCGAAACGUGGAUACUGUCAACAGUCGGCUUGCUCGAGUCCAGAAGAAUUACAAGCUGGAGGGCAGCGUCAAGGUCUGGUCUGACUUUCUGCGGAUCCAUUUUCACCCUCGCACCAUUUCCGUUAUCCACCAGUACAACCAUGAUGGUGAGGCUGAUCGUCUGGAGGCUUUUGGCCAGGGGGAAGCACUGUUGCAGGGGGCAGUGCUGGAGGAUCUGGAUGACAAACUUCAUUUUUUUGUUGAGGAGUGUGAUUACUUCCAGGGUUUCCAGGUGCUGUGUGACCUGACGGAUGGCUUUGCGGGUCUUGGCUCAAAGGUCACAGAGAUGCUACAGGACGGGUACGGUGGUCGAGGAAUCCUAACCUUCGGGACGGCUCCCGUCAGCCACCCAAAUUCAACUCCAACGAAGGACCUCUACCAUCUGUUGAACUGUGCGUUAGGGAUGGUCCACAUGGCCAGUCACAGCUCUUUCUUCUGUCCGCUGACGCUGCGAGGAGGACUGGGCCUACGACCGUCGUCUCCCAUAAGCUUCCCUUACCUGAACUAUGACCCGUCACUUUGGUACCACUCCAGCUCGAUCCUUUCUCUCGCUCUGGAUGCGCUCACUGUGCCGUACAGGCUGAGGAGCAACUGCAUCCCCAUGUGGCAACUGGCAGACUCGCUGUCGACAUCGGGGAGAAAGGUGGUGGCAGCUUACGGUGCCAUCCCGUUUCCAAUAACGCACGGCAGUUCGCUCCCUGAUGCCUUGAGCGCCUGUGACUCAUUGCCAUGGCAACCACUGUCCGCAUGCGCCGAAGCAGCCGACGGGCGAUGCUACGGCCAAUGGGUGACACUCAAAGGCUUGGAAGGCCAAAGACUCACCAGUUCUGCCGCUCCCGGGAAGGAACCACCGUCUCGCCUUCACAACCUCCACAGCGGGGAAGACGUCCUAGCAUCUUAUAUCACAUCUUUCUAUCCUACGGCUCCUCUGGCUCUGCAGCUGGUAUCCAGGCCCAGUAAAGUGAUCCCACCUUUCCCCCAAAUAUUCAGUCAGUCUCUCAACGAUCGAGGUCUACAGGACAGCCACCUGCUUCCAACCAAUACUUUGGCCGCCCCACCGGGCGUCUCGUCUGUACCAGUCAUCACAUCCCUCCAGUCGGGGCCUGCGCUGGAGCAGUGGCUGUCGGAGUUGCAUCGCAGCGUCACCUCCUUUGACAUUCGCCGAGUGGCCCCCAGCUUUCUUUCGCAGGGACCCGAAAUGGCAGACUACACCGAAGCCCUGGAGCAGUUGCGCACUUUGGCUCGGACGUACCGGGACGAUAGCGGCGGAAUGACACGCUCAUCUUCAGAGGACGACGACGACUGAUGUUGGGUUGGACAGACUUGCUUUUAAAUUACAUCAUGCUUACACUCCCUCCUUGAGGUACAGUGACACGAAAGCAGAGAUUAAAAUUGUUCACUAACAUGCCAAUUAGCAGAUGCUCUUGGGAAAGUAAAUGGCAACACUCAUCUUUUCUAGGAUCAUGUGACUCUCCAUGAAUCACUUUGCAAUUUUAGUAUGAGCUGAUGAUGUCGAGUUUAUAUUUUCUGUCAUGAGAUACUGUAAAGUUAGAAAGGCAGCCGCAUCUAAAAACAUGAAAGUGGAUGAACUAGUUACAUUUUCAGUUCAUAAGCUUUUGAAUGUAACUUCUGGAGUGAUGACUGACUUGUUGUUGAUAAAGUCACCUGACCUCAUUAAGUGUGGCUACCGAUGAUUUGAUUUGAUCGGAGUAGUCAUUUUCCAUGAUAAACAGAAAAGGAAACUAUUUUUUUAAUGGCUAAAGAUCUAAAAAGACCGUAAAUCAAAACACAAUGAGGAGGCUUUUUUUUAAAUGGUAAGGGCUCCCACAAAAGGUGCAACACAUAUUCCAAUUAAGCACAACAGUAUGCAUUUCGCAUCUAUAUUUGAGGACAAAAAGGGCAAAAAUACAAGACCACCAAUUCAAUGUGUAAAACUUGAGUAGCACAGACUGCAACUUUAACAAAAAGGCUCCAUUUUGGGGUCUUCUUCAGGAAAGUACAAAAAGUGUUAAAUGAAACUGAGAUGGGCAUAAAACAUCAAGCGCAAGCAUCUCGGCUGUACAGCUACUUAUUAAAAAAAAAAAAAAAGUACCUGUGUGGGGGCUCCAAAUUGUAAAAGGGGUGAGAGGACACACAAGGAGGUGGCAGUCCCAAAAACUAAACUACGAGCGGGAACGAGAGCGGGACUGCGAACGGGAUUUGGAGCGAGAAACCGAACGGGAAGCGGAGCGGGAGCGCUCUUUGGCGGGGCUAGGGGAGCGGGACUUGGAUUUAGACUUGGACCUGGCUCUGGAUUUUGAGUCGGCGGGGGAGCAGGAGCGAGAACCCCGCUCCUGUUCGCCGGUUUCAUCCUCGCUCUUAGGAGGGUCGCGACCCUUUGAUGCAGACUUCCUGGAGACGGAACGGGAGCGAGACCUGGACCGGGACCUGGACUCGUCCUUCUUGCCCUUCCCCUCUUUCUUGCUCCUCUUGCUUUUGGGGCUGCGGCUCCUGCUCAGGUCUUUGUCCUUCUGGUCUCCGUUGCUGCGCUCAUCUUCCUUCUUGCUCUUUUCUUUACUCUUCUUGCUGUUGGAGUGACUGCGGGAGCGCGAAGCGGGCCUGCAGGCCAAAGGGUACGCGAUUAUAUACUACACCAGGACGAGACCACGUGAUACAAAACGUGCAUGGAUCAGCUGAGGCACAUUUAGAAAUGGAAAAAUGUGUCAAAUUGUAGUACACUUGCAAAGGGCGCCAAAUAACUCCUCUUCUGUACCACUUUAGGGAAAUCUCCCCCAAUAUGCUGAGCAACAACAGUUGUGUGACGCUUCAGUGCAGUCCCGGUUGAUGUCUCACCUGGAGCGGGAGCGGCUCCGGCUGCUGCUUUCACUGCGGCUCCGGCUCUUGCGGGACCUGCGACUCCUGGAGCGGGACCUGAAUUGGGAACAGGUAUGAGUACAGCACACACACACACACCAACACUAGCGAAGCCCCACAUGACGUUUAAUCUAGCCCGGAGUUCAUUGCACGAAGGAACCACUUCUUGGUACCUGGAACGGCUUCUGCUGCGGGAAUAGGAGCGGCGGCGUUUGGCUCCGGGGCGGUCUUCGAUGAGACGAAUCUUUCUGCCGUUGACCUCGGUGCCAUCCAGCUUCUCCAAAGCCCGCUUCAUGUCGGCGUACAGCCUGAACUCGAUCACCCCUUCAUUCUUUCGCCCCUUGUGUGUGUCGGCGUAAGUCACCUCGCCCGCUUGUCUCAUGUAAUCCUUCAAAAGGAAAAGGCAUAUUUGUGACGGCGGCGCCAAUAUAUGCUUAUUGUAUUUCUCACUAAUGGCAAAAUCGUACCUUUAAGUCCUGCCAGCUGCAUCGGCUGGACAGAUUCUCAACAAUGAGCCGAUAGUCUGUCCUAAUAGGUGGACCAUAGCGGUCUCUGCCCCAACGUCCCCCGUAACCACCUUUCAAGGUAACAAGGAUAGAGCAACAAAAUGAGGACCACGCGGCAACGGAGAUGUGCUUAUUAUUCUGAACUCCACACUACUCUACAAAUAAUUAAAGAGUUAUCAAAACGACGUUUAAAUUUCAAGUUCAUAAAUGGGUCAAACAAGAAAAUUAAAAAUCUAUGUGCAUUUAUCAAAAAUGACAAGUUAAGCUACUUCUGUCUGUACUGUUAAAAAACAAAAGCAAUUCAUUAAAUAAACAUAAGAAAGAAGAGGAUGUAUUCUAAAUCAUUUAAAAUUACAUAAAACUCGAGAAGGAAACCAUUCCGGCAAACAAAAUAUUCUAAACUAGCCUAAAAACAACUGACUGUUAGAGUAAAUGUUCUUUUUUUGAGGCUGAACCCACAUCUGUUCCUAACCCCCAUGGUAUCCUCACCACCCGGCCUGGGCUGGGCCUAAUGGCAAUAGCGGUCUUCAUUCACAAUGGCUCCCUUUUUUGGUCUGCCCAGGGGCCCAGAAUGGUCAAACCACACUCUUGGAAAGGGGGGAACACCAUGGCCAGCAAUAGGGCAGGCAGUCGGCAAAGGACUCUUUCAAUUGAAACAUUGAGGUUCUUUGUUAAAUCUUUACCUUUAAAAUUGACAAUCAACUUUAACAAAAUGUGAAAAAUAGAAUCAAAACAGCAUUCACAAUACAUUUAUCAAAAUGAGUUAAAUUCAUGAAAAUAGUUUUCCUUUUGCAACUACUUAAAAAAAAUGCUACAUGGUUUCAUUUCACUCCUUAUUGGUGGCUUGGGUGCACCCAAAUGUAACACAAAAUCGCUUUCGUCUGCAAUUCAUUUAUCCAAAGGAUUUUGAAUUUCAUGCAAUUGGUCUGGUUCGCAAGACAACAGCCAUCACCCACUCAGAAAUUUCCGACUGCAAAAACUGGGACACGCCUGUUUGAAAAGAGGGCCUUUGAAAACCAACCGCAAAAACUAGGUAGAACAAGUUGUGGAGGACGUCCGUUUGCAUUUAUAAAGAUCCGCUGAAACCGAAAUGUUAUCUUGGCUAUCCAAAUGCUGUAAAGCAUUUCCCAACAUUUAUGAAGCCAAAGCACAACA